UGGGAAGGAACUAAGGACAACACUGAAAUGUUCUCAGACCAAAACACCUGGAUUUGUCUGCAAAAACCACCCAAAUUGUCUACUACAGCUAGCCACUCAUUUUAACACCCAUCCAUGUGCCAAGGCCAUCUGACUUGUUUGUUUGUAAGAAGUAUGAGGGGGAUGUAAUAUUACAGACAAAAUGAAUACCCAGAUAAUCAGUAGUCUUGCAGAAAUAGUAGGGAAGGGAAAAAGAGUGUUUUCUAUUUAAAUCGAGCCAUCCUGCUGUCAUUAAAAAUCUAAAUAGUUCAGCUUUGUGGAAGGAUUUAAUGGUAGCACUUCAGUCAUAAUCAGCUUAGAAGGACUCGCAUAACUGUGUGGUCUGAAGAAUAGAAAAAAGAAGCCAGAGUUCAAACUCUCCACAGAAACAGGCACUGAGAGCUGUGUGGUACAGAAUCACCACACUGUCCUGAAGAGUUGGUUUUUGGCUAUUGUAUGCACCAGAAAUGCCUGUGGAUUUCAGUGGUUACUGGAAAAUGGUCAGCAAUGAAAAUUUUGAGGCAUAUAUGAAAGCAUUAGAUGUAAACAUUGCUGUAAGAAAAAUAGCAAACUUGCUAAAACCUGACAAAGACAUCAUUCAGAAAGGGGAUCAUAUGAUCAUUAAAACGCUAAGUACUUUUAGAAACUACAUCAUGGAAUUUGAUAUAGGAAAGGAGUUUGAGGAGGAUUUGACUGGAUUGGAUGAUCGCAAAUGCAUGACCACUGUGAGCUGGGAUGGAGAUAAGCUUUUUUGUGUACAGAAAGGAGAAAAAGAAGGUCGGGGUUGGACCCAGUGGAUCGAAGGAAAUGAACUGCACCUGGAAAUAAGAGCAUGUGGAACCACAUGUAAGCAAGUCUUCAAGAAGGUGCAGUGAACCUGAUCUACAGAUACAGAUUUUAAAAAAAAAGAAGAACAGAAUUGCAACCAAAGCUGGGCAUGAGUAUACCCUUAGCAUCUAGAGGGCAGAUUUAGAUCAGCAUGAAGUUAGAACUGUGUAGCGUUCUCUUUCUGUAAUAUAGAUAAUUUUAUUUCUUUAAAAAAAAUCAUUCCAAGUACAUACAAUUAAAAGAACUUGGUCAUACAUGCAUGCACACCUAACUUCUCAGUAACACAAAGAUAAGGUAUGUAACUAGAUUCUUUGGUACAAAAACAGACCCAUUUCUCAUAUGCAGCAAGACCAUUUUACAUAACUAUAGUCAUAUAGAGGGGCCUUAAGGUAAACUGUUUCACAGUCAAAAUAGUGCUGAGUGGCCUUACUGUAAAAUCCUAGUAAAGAAUCAGAUCCAAAGUAUUUUGUGGCUCAAAAAUAAAAAGUGAAAUUCUUGCUCCAUUGAAGUCAAUGAAGUCACCGACUUCAGCAAAGCAGUGUUUCACUUCUAACUGUUCUAGCAGAUGUGAAAGACUGUGGGUUUGUAAAAGUUAAACAAUGACGUGGACCAAUAAUCUGGGAAAAUAGUGCUUAAUAAAAUAGCAUGGCCAAAGAGCAAUUCUUUUUAGGGGUUUUAGCCAAUGCUUGGUACAUUGAUUUUGUUUUUGGUUUUUUUAAUUUUGAACAGAAUAGCUAGUGGGUAACACUAUAUGGCUUCUUUCUUUUUCUUUUUAAAAGCAGCUGCUAGGAAUUGUGUAAAAUCUCAUACCAGGCAGAAGAUUAAAUCUUUAACUAGAAUUUUAUUAGGACAUACCAAAUUAUCUGUAUUCUGGUACUGAGGGAAGAGCAGAGUAUAAUACUGAAUUGACAGUUGUAAGUCCAUGUUACACUGAUAAUAAUAUUAUUGCAAUUAAUAUAUUAAAAAUUUAAAACAGA